AUGGCGGCUGCGGGCUCGUGUCCUGCGGGCCCCGUGUCCUGCCCGUGUCCUGCCCGUGUCCUGCGGGCCCGUGUCCUGCCCGUGUCCUGCCCGUGUCCUGCGGGCCCGUGUCCUGCCCGUGUCCUGCCCGUGUCCUGCCCGUGUCCUGCGGGCCCGGCGCUGUGGCAGGGCCAGGAGCCCCACCAGCGCCACCCCCCUGCCCCGCCGCCCGGCACCGCCGCCGCUGCCGCGCCGGCCCCGAGCGCUCCCUGCGCCGCCGCUCCGCUGCCGCUGCUGCUCCUGCUCGGCCCGGCCGGGCGGGGACUUGGCAGGAACUCCCGGGGAGAGAGCGAGAGUGCCUGCCCCCGCCACCGCUCCGCUGUGGCUUUUUGGGUGGAGGAGGAGGAAGGUCUGGGCUCGGCCGAGGAGCAGGAGCCGCCGCCGCCACCGGAGAGGAAGAGGCAGGAGGGAGAGAGAGAGACGGAGAGGCGGCUGGAGCCCCCCAAAGUACCCCCCCAUCCCUGCACUGCAGGCUACAUUUCCAGCUUCAUGGGCAAAGUGUGGAAACAGCAGAUGUACCCCCAGUACACCACCUACUACUACCCCCAGUAUCUGCAGGCGAAGCAGUCCAUUGUACCAGCCCACCCAAUGGCUCCUCCUAGUCCCAGCACCACCAGCAGUAAUAACAACAGUAGUAGCAGCAGCAACUCAGGAUGGGAUCAAUUAAGUAAAACUAACCUUUACAUCAGAGCACUGCCUCCAAACACCACUGACCAGGACCUGGUAAAAUUAUGCCAACCGUGCUUUCCAGACCCUCACUAAGCACUGUGCUUUGCUGAGGAUGACCUUUAUGCUGAAGCCACAUGGUUCCAAAGCCCUG